CAAAUACCACAAAGUUGUAUAAAUCUGCAAGAAUACUAUUCUGAAUUAAAAAGUAUUUUUAAACAUUUAUCCUUAACCCUUAUAAUUAAUCUAGUAUUUAAAGAAACUUUUUAAUUGAAUACGUACUACUGCAAUUGUUUCGACUGUUUAUCGUUUUGUUUUUUAUUCAUAGUGAUUAGAAACGUCCUUAUCAAUGGGUGUAAUCCAUUUAGUAACGAUGUAAAUGAAUAUAUACUCAUACAGAUGGGUAACUGAAAUAAAACAUUACCAAUAAAAAUGUGAUAAAAAUAAAAACGUAAAAAUAUGGAACCCCAAAAACCGUUUGCGUGCACUAUCCCUGACUGCGGCAUGACAUUCACAAAUGAAGACCAUCUUCAUGUGCACACCAAGAAACACGACAUGGUGCUACAACUCGGUAUGGAGCAGAAGGCUGCUUUCGCUGCGGACCAAACACCAACUCCGACACGGUUCAUAAGAAACUGUGAAGAAGUGGGACUGUUCCAAGAUCUGCAGAAUGUCAAUGUCAACCCCUUUGAUGAGGGCUUCAAGCGAGCCAUGGAGACAAAACAUAACAUGCUAUCGUUGGAGACAUCGUCGGAAGAUGUCUUGCAUACGCCGCAUCUUGUGUUUCCACUGGACGCUGAUUGUACAUUAUAUACGGCGAAUAAUCAACGAAAUAUCACUAUAAGCAGAUCAUCCAGCGACGAAUCGGGCGCAGUGAAGGAAUACGAAACUACAACGAUCUCCAAACUCACGAACGAGGUGACCACAAUCAGCAGAGUUGUCAAACCGGACUCGGACGAGUCCAAACAUGAGAAAAAAGACGUUGAGACCGUCUCGUACACGAAUAACGUUAUAAAAAUACACGAAAUACGCAACAAUGGGAAGGUUAAUAUAGAGAAGAAGGAUCUGGAAGCCCCACCACCGAUCAUGAGUCAGAAGUCAUUAGAUUUUGUUGUUGAUAGCCUGACGAGUGACGUUAGCGAUGAAAGCAGGAAACGGGAUGUGAACGAUAAGAUAAAGAAGGAAAACAACAGUGAUGAUAACAUAGAAGUGUUUAUUAAACUGCCGAGUGGUAAACGAGUGAAGAUGAAGGCAGUGGAUGAUGCUAAAACAGUGGAGAACGGUACGAAAGAGAAAUUGAAGAGUGUUAUAUCGAAUAAGAAGAAUGCAGCACCCAUAAUACCGAUGCCAAUGGGCACAUUGAUACCAGUUAAAGUGGUCAAUACGAUACCGGUUGUGCAUAAGUUACCUAUAGUGCCCUUACAGUCGAAUGUUAGCGUGAAAGUGCGGAAAAAAUGUGAAAGCGUUAUGAGGGAACACGCUAGUGCUGUUGAGGACUUUGAUAAGCGGAGUUACUCCAGCGCUGCUUCCAAACGUUACAGGGAUAGAAAGAGAGAUGUAAAACACCAGCAAGAAAUGGAAGUGCAGAAAUUGAGAGACGCCAACUUGAAAUUGAGCUCUGAGGUCAAGGUGUUAAGGUUUAUAUUGGCGAAGCAUCUAAAAAAAUGCCCCGUGGGGGACGACUUAAGAGAAGUACAAGAAAAACUACGAAUCGCGGAUAAAAUUGUAGUCGAUCCAUUACUCGAUCUGAAUAUGUGAAGAGAUGAAGAACAAAAUAAUUGAAAAUCAAAGAAUUGAGUGUGAUAAAUGCUACCUACACUGUUGUCCCCCUGGGAAUUAGGGGGAUUGUAUAUUAUACGCAGGAUUACAAAGAAACAGGUUGUCUAAAAGGGGAGCUAAUUCGAUACUAUGGUACCAGAAUACAAGGUGGACGAGUCGUUCACCCAGGAUUAGUUAGUGUUUGCUUGACUGUGUGAGCAAGGGAAUUACGUAGUACACUAAAAUAUAAAAGGCUAUGUAAUAUGGGGGUAUAUUCGAAACAAUAUAAACGUACUGCCAAUAUUUAAUAUAAGUGGACUUACAUCACCUAGGUAAGUAUAUCUCGCGGUAGAAUACAAUUUGUUCCCGCAUUCCCGUCUAAAGCGGCUCGACGGAACACAGUGGGGUUUUAGUCGAUAGGAAUCCGACAUAACCCACGGCCUCUUCCCCGGGGGUCGUGGGUAUCUAUGCAAGAUUUCCCCACUUAAAAAAAACGGUAACAAGGAUAUGUAUAGAUUGCAUAUUAGAGCAGAAUUC